GACAUUAAGGAAGAGUUUGUGUCACGGGUUUGUAUCGAGAGGCUCUUAUUCCCAGAGUCCCAGACAAAAAGACACAUAUUCUCUCUUCUCUUCUUCCUAGCUUACAUCAAACACCCACCCUACCAUAUAUAUGGAUCUCCCCCUCCAUUGAAAAAAAUAUAUAUAUACAUAUAUACAUGUAUAUAUAUAUAUAUAACUCCGUCCUCUCCGAACUCCAGUCCACAUUUCAGAUCAGACAGGGUUCCAUCCAUAAACCUACGACUCAUAGUCUCACCUUAAACCCCACAAACUGCUACAAUAAGUUUCAGAAGAAGUAGCUUCAAUAAUGGCGUUGAUGCUAGACAACUGUGAAGGCAUAUUACUAUCGUUGGACUCCCACAAAUCAGUCCCGGCUCCGUUUCUGACCAAAACGUACCAGCUCGUCGACGACCCGGCCACCGACCACAUCGUAUCUUGGGGAGAAGACGACACCACCUUUGUCGUGUGGCGGCCGCCGGAGUUCGCCCGUGACCUCCUCCCCAACUACUUCAAACACAACAACUUCUCCUCCUUCGUCCGCCAACUCAACACCUACGGUUUUAGGAAGGUUGUGCCGGACAGAUGGGAAUUCGCGAACGAAUUCUUCAAGAGAGGAGAAAAGCAUUUGUUGUGUGAGAUCCACCGGAGGAAGACGGCGCAGCCGCAGGUGGCGGUUGACCACCUCCACCACCACCAUCCCAUGAACGAACCGAGUUUCUUCUCGGCGUAUAACCCGGGCAGGCUCAGCGUCUCGCCGCCGGACUCCGACGAGCAGUUGACGGCGAACAACAACGCGUGGUGCGACUCGCCGUCUUUCGCUUCCUCCACCGUGAUUUCGGCGGGGAACAGCGGCGGCGGCGGCGGUUACAACAACGGGUCCGUGGCGGCGCUGUCGGAGGACAACGUGCGGCUGAGAAGAAGCAACAAUAUGCUGAUGUCAGAGUUGGCUCACAUGCGGAAGCUUUACAACGACAUUAUCUACUUCGUUCAAAACCACGUCAAACCCGUCACCCCCAGCAGCAACUCGUACCCGUCGCCAUUAAUAACCCAGAAACCACUGAGUCAACUCGUUACCUAUCCCCAUCCCCAUCCCCCCACAAAACACCAACCCGUUUUCAAUCUCAGCUCCCCGACCAAAACUUCACAGAGCAGCGUCACUCUCGUGGAAGAUCCGCCGGCGGCAGAUUUGUGCCGGACAAAACUGUUCGGUUUCCCACUCCAGUCAAAGAAAAGGCUCCACCCAGAUCAAUACUCUCCGCCGUCAUCCAUGGAGGCGGCGGCGGCGGCGGCGCACAAGGCUCGAGUUCUGGUCUUGGAGAAAGAUGACUUAGCCUUGCAUCUCAUGCCCCCUUCAUGUUAG